CGCUUUCGCCACCACCCCUACGACUCGCUAAAGGGCUGAACCGGCCAGUGCAAUUCACGACGACAUAGACGUCGAGUCCGCGCGUCUCGACGCUGCCUUUCCGCCUGCGAUUUUUUUUUUCGCCACGCGUUCGUCGCGACCUCGUCCAACGCGCGUCGACGUUUUCUUCCGUGAAAUUGUGCGCGAAUCGAGAGGACCGAUUUUUGGGAAAAAAAAUCGUCGACUACAGCCGGUCGUCGUGGCAACGUGGAUUCAUCGUUCGUUCGAGCCGCUGAGAAACCCAUUAAACAGACGCGCUGCGUCGUUUCUCCCGCGUCGGGGUCAUUCGUUUAACUCUCCUCGAGUUAAUCAGCGCGCAGACCCGGUUUAAUGAUCCUUCAAACGUCGUUAAGCUCGCGCAGUCGAGGCGCGAACUUCGACGGGGUGGCGCGCGGCGUCGAAUAGCUGGAAAAUGAUACGUUUCGAACGACGACGUUACUCCGAGGCUCGUUAAGCGCGACAACAACAUAUCGGCCGGGAUGUCAACAUCGUGCCAGUCUCCCGUCAUAGACGACGAUCUAGCGAUUCACCGACGCCGCGGAAUGCCACGACGACACGAGUACCAGAACGGGCCCUUAAGGAAGACGAGUCAUCCGUAAUCUCUGAAGCGGCGUCGGACCAGCCCUUGCACGGAUACCAACCGCGAGACGGGCUCAAAUUCCUCAAAGGAGACAGGGUUCACCACGACACGAUCCUCCACGGAAGACGUCAGCCUCCGCCGUGUGUCUGCCCGGGGCCACGCGCGCGCGCGUCCUUGUAUGUCUGCUCGAGCGGACGUUCCAGGAGACGAGGCUGAAAGGGUGGCCCGCGGUUCCCACCGAUCCCCAGGGACACGGCCGUCGAGCCCCGUGGUCCAAGCCCGCCACGGCGUUCCACAAACUUGCGCAAUAUCCACGUAACCGGGUACCCGCGAAAUUCUUUGGCAAAUCUUCCGCGGCGUUCUCCCAGCCGCGAAACCAACGACUGAAAACCGCCGCGGGGCGGAUCAGAGCGGCGGAAACGAGCGACGACGGAAAGCUAGCACCGCGAACGAGUCGCGAAGCGACGGCACGUUGGAAACGGUCGAGAGACGUCUGGGAGCGAAACGAGGGAAAACGGAGAAGUCUGGCGAGACAAGGGUUCGCUCCGAGCGGGAUAUUAGCCGUGUCACCUAACGAUCGUCGAGUUUCGCGUCGUUGCGUCGCGGCCGUAAUAUCCUCGGAAAGUGAGCGCGGGACCCGUGAAUUUCCGCAGUUCCCCGUGACACGUCCGCGUCGCCAAUUAAAAAGAACGAAAGACGGUCGAGAGGAGACAGGGCCGCUAACCCGGCGCGUAAUCGCGGCCCACGGCGAACGCGGCCGAGCGUAAAGGAACGCCGGGAAUCGAGAGACGCGCUGUUCACGGUGAAAAUUAAACGAGGAAACUCUUUAUAUGCUCGCCGCACGGAACCAUCGAAACUUCCGCGAGAUCGCGCUAAUACUCGAGGGAAAAUCUUUUCCCGGUGGUUGAACGCAGUGUCUCUGCUCGCUGUUACGGGGCGGGGGAGAAAGAAAAAAAGAAAAAGAAAAUCAGAGAGAGAGAGAGAGAGGUAGCCUUUGGCUGUGGAACAGCGGGGACGCGAGGAACGCUGAAAGCCACUCGAGAAAGAGGAGGGCUCCUGGAACGUUCCCCGUAUUCUAUGGCCCGGAGCGUCCUGUAUUUCUGAUAACGUACUCGGUUGCGCCGCAGUACCCUCGUGAAUGAGGCUCGCUCGCUCGCCGAACGAGGAGUCGGCAAGAAAGUCCUUUCGCCCAGAGGCGCACCAUUAGCUUUACACCCAUAGAAUAUCGUCCGACGGUGUUCCGCAGACUGCGACGAUAUCUCCAGACAGAGGAACGCGUUUCGACACGUGUAUCUUCCAUGGAGGCUUGUUCUCCGCGCAUCCGGUAGGAAAGGGAACGGGAGUGCCUCGAACAAUACCAACUACCCGUCGACAAGCAACUUGCCAGGACCGUGGAGCGUUCGGCGACCUACAGCUCUCGGGAUCUCGAUAAGACGGAGCACCUCUGACACGUAUCCUCCCGAGUUCUCCCAACCACGAGAUCGGCCUCUGACCGUGGCGACCGGGGGAGAGGUCGGGUCGAUGCAACUUUAUAUAUUCGUCGUUAACGAUAGUUGCCAAACGACUCGCCUCGAACUCCAUAAACUCGAGCAAUAUCUACGGCCGGAAUCGAUCCCGAGUCGCUGGUAACCGUCUUCCCGGCAAACUUUUACGCGCUGCUGGACCAAUCGAUCUCCUCCCUUGCAACAACCGUUGCACAAGAGGAGACGAACGCCGUACGCGAGGAAUGCCGUCGGUUGGGUUGAGAGAGUGAGCUUUCUGGACGCGGAGGCCUCUCGAUCCGGUUGAUUCGAGCUUCUCGAAGGGUCGCGGCGGUUUCGUGAAGGGGUGGUGAAUGAGGCCAGGCGAGGGGGAGGCAAUCAGCGGCAAGGUGGGCGAGAAUAGGCGAGGAGGAAAAAUAUGGUACACGAGGGCACGGGUCUAUGGCACGACGCGGGAUCCAACGUAUCGAGGUGGCUGAUGAUCAUAAUACACGGAUACCGGGCCACCAGCCUUCUGCUAUCCAUCCUACUUAACCUGCUGGUGAGAACUGAGUGUCCGACGGCGGUUACCGCAGAGAUAGUCACCGCCAACAUGAACUCCCUGGACUCCAGCUUCACAGGAAAGCCUCUGGACAUCGACCUGCCGCCGACCGUUCCGAUGACUUUCGGCACCGAGAACUCGACAAUGAUCUCUGCCCAGUCCGGGUCCACGGCGCUGCUGCCAUGCGUCGUCCAUAAUCUCGGGGACGGAAUGGUGUCAUGGAUCAAACGAAAGAACAUCCAGGAGUUACUGACCGUCGGGCUGACAACGUACGCCAACGACGAGCGGUUCCAAGCGAUUCAUUUCCACCAUAGCGAGGACUGGACUCUUCAAAUAAAAUACGUUCAACCGAGGGACGCCGGAUUGUACCAGUGCCAAGUGUCCACCCAUCCACCCACGAGUAUAUUUCUGUUCCUCGAGGUUGUCGAGGCCAGGGCAGAGAUAGCCGGUCCCUCGGAGAAGUUCGUGAGGCCGGGUAGCACCCUGCAGCUCCACUGUCUCGUGAAAAAGUCUACCGAGACGCCCUCCUACCUGUUCUGGUACCACAACUUCCGGAUGAUCAACUACGACGUCGAUCAGGGCGUCAACGUCAGCACCGACCUCACAGGGAGGGAGAGCUGGCUGGAGGUGCCCCGCGCCUCCGAUCGCCACUCCGGGAAUUACACCUGCGAGGCGAGCAACGCUCAACCCGCCCGUGUGUUGGUCCACGUGUUCAAGGGGGAUAAUCCAGCCGCCAUGCAGCACAGCAUCGCGUCCUCGCCGUCUGUCAUGGCGUGCAGCGCCCUGCUGACGAUGUUCACCACCCUGAAGCUCGUCCUCCACUCCACCACCACCAACUGACCGUCGUGCGUCGGCACGCGUCCCACCACGAAGAUCUAGGAGCCGCGAUGCGAUUCGCGAUGCGUUUCGCGGCCGGAAUUACACCGUGAGUGAUGUGGCAUGCUUUUACGAAGUUUCCAGAUUUUACGAAGUUUCCUGGUGCACCAUCGGACGCCGGGGAUCUGCGGUGAGGACUCGGGGGUCGAGGGAAUGCCCCUGAUGCGGCUAGGUGAACCCCGAGGGUUGCCGAGAGACCUUAUCGCGGACACGUGUUAUAGUGUGGCACGGGAUGGCGAUGGUUUCGGGAUGAGCUCUCACUGGGAGCAUAGGAACGUUUCUGUGACGAGUUCCGGGCGAUUAUAUCUCUGUAAAUAGCGAUGCCGUAUCGUUAAGGCCACGGAUGCUCAAGCGGACGACCCCGUUGCGUCGCGUGACACGGACUUGAAUGACUAUAUUAUAUUAUUAGGAAAUGAGGUUUGAGACAUUCAGAAGUAAAUUGGUAAUUAUUCCUCACUCUUCGAAGACGAAAUUAGGUUGAGAUAUAUGUUUAAAGGUUGAAUUAUAUUUAGAUAUUGAAAAUUAUGAUUUUUUAGAGUAAAAAGAGGGCCAUGAUUCACCGACACCAAUAUUUAAAGAAUUCUGAAAUAGAUUGGUAAUCAUAUCCUAUUCUGCUAUAUUAAAGAUUGCCAUUUUCAAGGGUAUAACAAAGGAACCGUAAUUAUCAGAAAACAACGUUUGAAGAAUUCAAAAAUAAACAGGUAAUCAUGUCUCGCUCUCCAAUAUUAAAGAUUGUCAUUUUUUAAGGUGUAAAUGUAACCGUCAUUUUAUCAGAAAACAAUAUUUGAAAAAUUCAGAAAUAAAUUGGUAGUCAUGUCCCACUCUCCGAUAUUAAAGAUUAUCAUUUUCGUGAGUAUAAAGAGCGUUUAAUAUUGCGCUAAAGAGCGCAUAAUUAUUGGAACACCCUGUUUGGGUCGAUGAUUACAAAGAUCAUAAAUUUAUUUAGAAUCUACAACUACAUUUACUUGAUUUAAUAUUGCGUUUCAUAAGGCACACAUAAAUUCUACAAAAUGCCAUAUUGAUAGAAAGAAAUAAUCAAAUUUUUAUUUCGUAUUGCGAUUCAUAAAAAAUAUUUAAAAAAUUAGUAGGUAAAAUUCCCCGAGUGCAAAUUGUCAAAUAAUUUAAUAAAAUCCAAAUUUAAAUAAAUCAUCCCUUCAAUUGUUUUCGAACCCCAUCGAUGAAUUCAAAUAUUCAAUGACCACAAAGUAUUAUUUUACUUGCGUCCCAGCUCGAAAAUAUCGCGAAUACAGGUAUCGAAAUUAAUCGCUGGCGGUUUGGUUCGAUAUCGGUUACGUUGAAGUCCGUGUCGGCGAUUUCCAUGGUAGCGAAAGAUCGCAUCUUUAUUCGUGGCGUUUUUGGCGGAUGACAAAUUGGACCGUUCGGUAUCCCUACGUUGCUCAAGCUGGCAUUUCACGCGACGCCGCUGUUAUUAACUGUUGUGAUAUGUGUGACUGUAAGCUAUGUGUAACUCUCGCGAUAAUAGAACUGUAAUUGUGUAAUCUGUCUGCGACGAGUGGCACGAUUAAUGGCGACAAUCCUGUCGCGAUUGGACGCGUUUUGCCGACCCAAAAACUUUCGACGUUGUUCCGCCUCGUAACGACAACUUCAUUCGAGCGCGGUGUUAACGCCGCGUUGGAUAUUUGUUACGUUAAUAGCCGCGACGAGGGACACGCGACCAUUUCGCGUCGCUCCGGCGACUAACGGCCGCGAUUAGGGUGGACCUUAGUUACACUUGCUGGAACGUUUCGUUUUUUUUUUUUAUUUCGGAAACUUUGUUCACGCUAUCAACCGUCUGGAUUGUGCCGUUUGGUGAAAUAAUAGCUUCGGCCAAUGUGGCAUUAUUUUUGGUGGCAUCAUGUUAGGUUUCUGUUGGCAGGAUUAGCAGGAAAAAGAUAGUAUUAGAAAAUAUUGAGAAGAGUUUCACUUAACAGAAUUAGGAGAAAUGGAAAAUU